AUGGGCUUCAACACUGCUUUGACUAGGGCGUUGGGGAUUCGAGUCCCUGUCGUCCAGGGCGGCAUGCAAUGGGUCGGAUACGCAGAGCUCGCCUCCGCCGUUAGCAACGCAGGUGGUCUUGGAAUCCUUACUGCCCUCACCCAACCAACCCCCGAAGACCUGCGCAAGGAAAUUCGGAGAUGCCGCAGCAUGACCAAGAACCCGUUCGGCGUGAACCUCACCCUCCUCCCAGCCCUCGUUCCCCCCGACUACGCCGCCUACGCGCAGGUGAUCAUCGACGAAGGAAUCAAGAUCGUCGAAACGGCAGGUAACAACCCAGGCCCCGUGAUCAAGCAGCUCAAGGCCGCGAAUAUCACCAUCCUCCACAAAUGCACGACAAUCCGCCACGCCAAGUCCGCCGUCAAGCUCGGCGUUGACUUCCUCUCAAUCGACGGCUUCGAGUGCGCAGGCCACGUCGGCGAGCACGAUAUCACAAACCUCAUCCUGCUCAACCGCGCGCGCCAGGACCUGGGUGUUCCCUUCAUUGCCUCCGGCGGGUUCGCGGACGGGUACGGGCUUGCGGCGGCACUUGCGCUGGGCGCUGAGGGGAUAAACAUGGGGACGCGGUUCAUGGCGACGGUUGAGGCACCGAUUCACCAGAAGGUCAAAGAGGCGAUUGUCAAGGCAGAGGAGACGGAUACGGCGCUGGUGAUGCGGCGGUGGACGAACACGUCGCGGCUCUUUGCGAAUGAGGUGACGAAGCAGGCGCUCAAGGUUGAGAAGGAGAGUAAGACGGGCGAGUUUGCGGAGAUUGCGCCGUUUGUUAGUGGGAAGCGUGGACGGGAGGUCUUCUUGAAUGGGGACAUUAAUUUUGGAGUCUGGACCGCCGGUCAAGUGAUUGGCUUAAUCCACGAUAUCCCUACAUGUGGCGAGCUGCUAGCUCGCAUCGAGAAGGAAGCCGUAGAGGCGGCGCAGCGCACACAGUCGUUGUACACGGCAACGCCGCAGAGCAAGCUCUAG